AUGAAUGGAUAUCAGAGCGGAGGAAUAGAAGAGGGAUGUGCUGCCCCAAGCUCAAAAGGACUGGAGGACACAGCCAAUCAUCCAAACCUCCAGCGGGAUCUUGGCCUCGUUCGUAAGCUCACAAUUUAAUACAGUAACUACGUUGCUACUUCGUUUGGUUUUGGUAUCAAAGAGUACUCCAUUAUCUAUCUAUCUGUAUUGAUUGAUUUGUGUUUGAGAAGAUGAGAUCUACUUGUUCCGCAGUGCUUGUGGCCCUGUUGUCGGGAUCGGCAUCGGCCUUUGUUUCUACCCCCUCUUUGGCUGCCAAUGCCAAGAGCAGCAGCUCCUUGUCCAUGGUGCUGGAGAAACCCGCUGUCAAGAAGAUUUCCAAGCUCGAGACACUCAAGGUCAAUUCCGACCAUCUUAUCCACCCCUUGAAGGAGCAAUUGCAAACCGAAGAAAUUGGCGUCUCAAAGGACGCUUAUCAAAUUCUGAAGUAUCAUGGAUCCUAUCAACAAUCCAAUCGAGAAAUUAGAGGAAAAGUUAAGGAUUUUCAGUUCAUGUUGCGGUUAAAACAACCAGCAGGUGAACUUCCACCAGAGCUUUAUCGACUACUCGAUGAUUUGUCGGCCAACCAUGGACAGGGAGAUUUGCGAGCCACCACCAGACAAUGUUUUCAAAUGCACGGAAUCAUGAAGGGAAGUCUGAAACACGUAAUUUCCUCCAUUAUGGAUAUUGGAUCCUCCACUGUUGGAGCCUGUGGUGAUGUGAAUCGUAACGUUAUGACCACACCGGCCCCUUUCGCCACAGCUGAUUACCAGUACGCCAGGGAAUGGUCAAAGGUGUUUGCCCAGUUGUUCCGUCCAUUGACGCCUGCCUUUUCCGAAAUCUGGUUCGAUGGAGAGAAAGCAGCUACGGUUGAGACUUGGAGCAAGGAGGUCGAACACCACAAUGUCGACGAAGCUAUGUUGUAUGACUCUGGCAGAGGAAUUAUUCUUCCAGACGCAGUGGAACCCAUCUAUGGCGACCGUUACUUGCCACGCAAAUUCAAGAUUGGUGUGACUGUUCCAGGAGAUAACUCGUUGGAUGUUUACACCAACGACAUUGGUUGCGUCGUGAUCACCAACCCUACGACUGGUGAAUUGGAAGGAUUCAAUAUUAUGGUUGGUGGAGGCAUGGGCCGAACACACAAUAAGGAGAAUACGUUUGCCCGUGCAGCCGACCACUUGGGAUUUGUGCCAAAGGAAGACGUGAUGGAGCUCUUGAAGAGUAUUCUUGCCAGCCAACGUGACCAUGGUAACCGAGAUGUUCGUGCCAACGCCCGCAUGAAGUACCUUGUCCAUACUCUUGGAAUCGACAACUUCCGUACUCUUGUAGAGAGCUACUUUGGAAAGAAGAUCCAGCCAUGGCGCUCAAUUCCUGAGUGGAAGUACAAUGAUUGGAUGGGAUGGUGGGAACAGGGAGACGGUAAGCUGUUCUAUGGGCUGCAUGUAGACAACGGCCGUGUGAAAGACGAAGGUAGCUUUAGACUGAAGAGUGCGCUCAGGGUCCUUGUGGAUAAGUACAAUCUCUCCAUGAUCCUGAGUCCGACCCAAUCCCUCAUCUUCCGUGACAUUGAUCCAAAUGACAAGGACGGCGUCGACGCAGUUCUUCGUGAGCACGGUAUUGUAUCCAUCGAAGAGGUGGAUCCUCUUGCUCGUCUCUCCAUGUCAUGCCCUGCAUUGCCGUUGUGCGGACUCGCCCAGACAGAAGCAGAACGUAUCAUGCCCAGCUACUUGGAACGUAUUCGUGCUGUGUUGACAAAGAUGAAUCUUGAUGACGAAGAAAUACUAAUCCGCAUGACUGGUUGCCCCAACGGUUGCGCAAGGCCCUACAUGGCAGAGCUUGCAUUUGUUGGAGAUGGCCCCAAGAGCUACCAAGUGUGGCUGGGUGGUUCCCCUGUUUUGACAAGGACAGCGUAUCCUUUCAUGGCCAAGAUGAAGGACGACGAUUUGGAGGCAACUCUGGAGCCCAUUCUUGCCAUGUUCAUUCAACAGCGACAGGAAUUCGAGGCAUUCGGUGACUUUUGCCACCGUGCGGGGGCUGAUGCUAUUGAAGCCUACUGUGCAUCCUAUGUGCCUGGAUCCAUUGUUGCAUAAAGCGAUCCGAAUCAGUAUGCAUGACUACUAAGUACAUUUUUGAUACUUC